AAUGGGUGAUUUAAAUAAUGCAUUUCUUGGAAUUUUAUUACAACCACGAUGAGUUCCAACGACACAAACAAUAACUAAUAAAAAACAAAAAAUGGCUUACUUCGCCCUUCUCUGGAAGGCAAGGACCAUAGAAAAAUACAGGCAGAAGUAUGAAUCCGAGAAGUUAAAGUCGAUCAUGCUUGCCAACACGCAAAUACCAAAACAGUCUUUGUCCCAGAGAUGGAGGCAUUAUCGUUAUGACACUCAGAAGCGCAUAUCCAGGACCUUUAGGAAGUGGUACCCUGAAGGAUCAUCGCUAUCAAACUUUAUUUACUACCUCAAAACUGAUCAGACGUUCCCCAACUUCGUCUUAAAAAGUGUUUUAGGAUUCUUUGGCGGCACGAUCCUUACUUAUUUGUGCUUCAUGUUCUUUGUUUUUCAACUUUCAAUAUCUUUGAUCCACGCCACUAUUAUGAGUUCAAUCAUCGGUGUUCUACUUACUUUGGGGCUGGCGUUCAGUUAUAGGAUUCGGUGUCUGGUGUUCCUCCUGAUUCCCCAGUUCUUCUCCCGGGUGGGGCGGUACACACUGACCUGCUAUGCAUUGGUGCUGAUACUGACUGGCCCUGCUACGAAUACCCUCAAGAACUCCGAAGUACUUUCGGAGUCUUUGGCUUGUGGACAGGAACAGAUAAAGACAAGUGUAAACCAAAUCAACUCUUUGAGGACUAAACCACUGAACAGCCUGAAGGAUUCCAUCAAGCUGAUGAUAGAUAGGCUCAGAGGGGUCGCCGUCAAGGUCAAGCAGAUGACCCUGAAGAUCAAUAGCCUGGUUCUGAAUAUUGCACAAGUCAUCCAGUCAGGCUUUCUCUGGCUCAACUCUUUGACUUCCACCUGUAUCAAGAAACUGGGGAACCCUUACGAAAACUACACCAAAUUCGACAAAGAGGCAGUCUUUACUGAAUUAAUGGACUUUUUUGGAGCAAAUGCUUCAGAAUACGAAGAAACAAAGUUGAAUCAUGGAGUUGUUUGUGUGUUUAUAGAACACGUUAAUGGAGAUAUCGUGCCAAUUAUCAAAAAGAGACUAAGGAACUACUCCGAUCGCAUCGCAAACAUGUUCUCCAUGAGGGUCCACGUCCACCAUUCCUACUCGUUCAGCAGUAACGACAGCCGGUCGGCCAGCCAGGUGGCUGCCGGCAUCGUCACUGAGAUCAGAAAGCGGGCUGAUCCGCUGAUAACCUGGCUGUCUUGGAGCUCGUGUGUGACGAGUUUGUUCUUACUGCUGAUAAUAUUCAGGGCUAAAUACUACCAACACAUGUUUGAAACGAGGUCCCGGUUUGACAAUCGGUACAUCACAAAAGAGAUACGAGAUCUGGAUUUAAAGAGAUUGAGAGAAGGCAGGGAGACCAUCCUACCACUCAAUAGAAGAGAACGAGCUAAAUAUGUUACGACCACCUCCUUCAGACUUGUGGCAUCAGAGAAAGUGUACUUGAACCGAUCGGUGGUGUUCAUGGCAAUAACCACAUUCAAGCUGCUCAUCCACAUGGUGGCGGAUUACAGCCUGUACUGGGUGUUGAUGACGAUCAGAUACCAUGGGCGGAUGCAAUCUCUUAUCCAUCCUGGUCAUCCUACUGCUGGAGCACACAUAUCAGGGUCUGGUCCUACAGCAGAUCUUCUCAAGUCAUUACUGGUCUCAUUCGGUGUUCUUUUGGAAUUUCCUGCCUCUACUCCUGUAUCGUGCCUUCCCAACCCUCACCCACCAGACUUCAAACGGUACACUCAAAUUGGGGUGCUGAUCUUCUUGCUAUGGUUCUUCGCGAUGUUCGAGCCUUAUGGUCUUCGGUUACGUCAUGUAGUCAUGGGACACUACCAGCCUGAAAGAGCGAAAGUUCGCGCUGACUGGCUUUACACCCAUAUUUUGAGGACUAGAGGAGGUUUUAUGAAGUUCGCAAGAAGAAAACUCCAUCGUACAUACAAAUAUAGAACUGAAGGAAGCCUGACUUUUCGACGAUGGUUGAAUGAGCUUAUACCAUCUUCUUGUUUGCGAGCCCUUCUCGGGACAAACCCAGAGGAAAGACACUGUCUUCUAUGUGGAACGACACAAUACGCUGCCAGGGAGGACACUGAGCUUAUCAGAUGUAGAACAUCAGACUGUCCCGGAGUGUAUUGCACUAGUUGCUUUGCGGACAUCGGCGAACUGUGUACGAUUUGCUUAUCACCAAAGGAUUACGGAGAUUUUAGCGACGUGAGCUUGGAAAAAGGUUCUGAUGGAAGCGAAGAUGACGAUGAAGCUUCACACGACUUUCUAAGCCAAUCAAAUCGCUCUUGUUUUAGUGUAAGCGAAAGAAGGAUAAGUGACCUCUCUUUUUCAAGUAAAGUAGUAAAAUAUACGCGCAGUAUAUUUUCAAAAACUGAUAAAAAUAUUAGUCAAGAUAGUAUGGAACCAGAUCUUCCAUCAGUAUCAGAUAAUGGAAUGCAAAAUGAUCCAAAAGAUCACAAUAAGGCCAUCAUCAAGAAAGCCUUGCUAGUUAGACAUAUGAAAAAUUUAAUGAAUGAUAGACGACCCAUACACGAAAGACAAUAUUUAGUAAAUUGCGAAUACUGUAAUAGCGAAUAUUGUCGUAAUCAUCAUGAUUGUAUACGAAAAAUUCAAGAUCAAAAACAAAAGGAUAUUAAUAAACGUCCACAGCAAGGUGAAAUAACAAAAAAUGUUGAUUCACUUAAUCCUAUUGCAAAAGAUACUAAAAUUAAAGGGAAAAGUCUUCACUCUCACAGAGCUAAGUGGUUUGUAAAAGGUAAAAAUAAAAAAUACUCUAAAAAUGAUAGCUCUGCCUCCAAAAACAAUAAAUCCAAACACCGUACAGCUAAAAAAUCAAGUAAUUUAGCAAAAAGUGUCCUCAAUGUAAUAGCCAAAUCUAGCACUUAUAGUAUCAGUCUAAAGGGCACCAAUGUUAACGUAGAAAAGGUAUUACAAUCUAAUAAUAAUAACAAAAAGAGUUCACGAAAGAAUAAAUCAAAUGCCAAAGAACCACCUGCAAAUGACAAAAAGAAUGCCAAAAAAGAUAAAAACAAUAAAAAGAAAUCGAAAAAGAAAAACAAUGAUAACGCAAAGAAGGAUACAAAAGAAAACGUAUCUAUAAAACCACCUGAAAUCUCCUGCCGUGGUUUAAGAAAAUUUCGCAAUUUAUUUACUGGGUUUCACAAAGCUUCGAAAGCUAAUAAAAGUUUGAAUUGUCUGGGGAACGGUGAUGCCCAAAAUGCUGCUCCUUCAGCGGACAUAAAAAAAUACAAACGUAGAAAGAAGAAAAAACUGAAACACACCAAAUCUGAGGAUGUUUAUCUUAAAAGUGACGGAAAUGACAGUGAAGAUACAAGAAAGUACAGAAUUUCUGCGUAUUUGGCUGAGCAAGAUUGGAUCAAACGUCAGUGCAAACAGGAUGGUGAUAAAAUUAAUACGAAACCAGAAAUCAGUGAGGCGGUUGCAGUAAUUAACAGUACUUCAAAGAAUAAAUCGGAUAAAAAGUUAUUCCAUAAAGAGAUCAAUCUAAAUAUUGAGCCAGUUGUCAAUAAACAACUACGAGGAACCUUCCAAAGUGAUGAUAUAAUUGAAACAUCUCGAAAUAGUAAGCACCUCAAGAAUGGAAUGACGUUCAGUGAUUUGUGGAAAACGAUUGGAUUCAGAUUACUGAGUGAUUCCUCAUCAUCCUCAUUUAUGGAAAAAAUAUUUAGAACAACCAAUAAAAUUCUCACAAAGGAAAGUGAAAGAAACAGUUCAACUGACAUAACAAGACGACUAAAAUUCUAUGAAUCCAUUGGCAACGACGAUUUUCAAAAGCUUGAAGAUUUUAAAGACGACAUCUUUUGGGGAAUGGAUUCCGAUCAACAAAAACAAAGUAAAACUAUAAUUAAAGCGAAGAAGCACACAAGCAAUGACGGUCAAAUCCGCACUGAAUCACCGUGCAGCACUUGUACUGAAGAUUUUUUAUUAUGUUUUGACAAACUAUUCGAGGACAGCCAUCAAAGUGUCUGUAAAAAGAAAUUCAUGGAGAUAACAAGAUUGAUUAAAGAAUGGUUUUUCAACGUUUACAGAGUUGUAUCGGAUGGUAUACGUUCUAGAUAUGAAAGCUCAGUAACGUUCAUUAGAAGCUUUUGUUCCAAUAAAAAAGAUAUAGAUAAAAGGGAUGCUAUCACACAGAGUUUUAGAAAACAAGAGGACAAAAAUAUCAACACUGCAGAUCCUAAAAAGGCCGGAUUGGAUGAUUCUGACUCCUGUGAUUGCUUAGCACCAAAAGUCAUGUCCCACGGAGGUCCAACGGUGGUCUUAGUGGCCUCUAAGACUUUUGAGAAGGAUAAGGACUCAGCAGCCAAAAAGAAAAUUUCUAUAGAGAACGCCAAAACAAAUACUGAUAAAGGUUCUAUGGCAACUGAAAAAUACCCGAAACCUGGAACGAAAACUGGAUCAUACGAAAGACGCAAAAAUCACGAGUUAAAGGACAAAGAUUCCUGUCCUUGCAUAGAGCUGAAAAAAGUGGCUCCACCAGUAGCAGUUCAACAAACCAAUCCAAUAAACGAAACUGCUCAAAGGGAAAAUCAAAGGGAAAAAUCCUCUGUAAAAAAGUCUACUACUGUCAUUAUGAGAGAUAGAAAAACAGGAUCUAACACAAGUGUGGUAAAGAAAUCCGCUCAUGCAGAAGUACAAACUGAGAGAAAAGCAGUCAAAGAAAAUUUCGCAGAUGACCAGGAAGGAAGCAUACUGAAGUUAAAGGAAGACAACCACUAUGUUAUUGCCGAUAAAGUUAACAAGAAAACCUCCGCUUCAGAUGAGAUAAAAGCCAUUGUUAAAAAAAGCAUCGAAAAGCUAAGAUCAGCAAAUAAAGAUAUAAAAAAUGUACUGAGCAAAAGUUUAACGAAAUUGACAGCAACUGAAGGUCUAAAGACUAAAAGUGCAAAGAAAGUGAAUCAAGAAACUAAUACGGAAUCAAGUAAAAGAACUUUGAAGAAAUCUGUUAAUGAAGAAGUGAUGACCAGCCAAAGAAAAUCUAAGACAAAAGUAACAGAUAAAAGAUUGGAAAAAGAUCCAAUGGUCGCCGAAGGAACCCAAUACAUUUGUGGUUGCAAAUCUGCUUUGGAAUUCCUGAAGCGUAUGCAAAACCAAGGCAUGCAGACGCAACCUUCUAAAAAAGACAUCAAAUCAAAUGCGUCAAAAUUCAAAGAAAUUCAACGAACACCAACCAAAAUUAUCAAAUCAAAUGAACCAGAUUCAUCAGACACCACUGAUUCGAAUGAAAAAUUCGUUCCCAAGAUAAUAACCCCGACGAAACGAUCUAAAACUUCAGCGACGAGUGUUAAGUCUAAUAAAGCGAUGAUGACGAAACCAGACGUAGUACGAACUACUUCAGCUAAAUCUGUUCAAUCUAGAGUAAUAUCACCUAGUAAAAAGCCAAGUGGUAUCAAACGGUCAGUCAACAAUAUCGAGUCAGAAGACUGUCCAUGCAGAUGUGUUUGCAGUGAAGCCCGAGAAAUAUCUGCAGCCAAAGAAACCUGCACAUGCGCUACACAAUACGUGUACUACACAGACGACAGCUCCAGCCAAAUGAAGUUGUUGAAAGAAUUCAUCACCGCACGUGAUGAGAAUCUCCAAAGAGAAAUCUUCGAGUACACAUCAAGCAGUUGUUCUGGCAGCGACACAAUCCUCAGUUCGUCCAUCAGAAGCGACCCGACCGUCACUGACUGCACUAUAUGCAGCCUGGCCUACAUCGAUGGAAAACCUAAGAAGAGGAAGAAAAGGACCAAAGUCAGCGUGGUCACCAAAGCUAACCAGUGUACUGGAACUGAUAGGCCUAGACUCUGUGACGUCAGUACAACCACAAAGGACUGGUGGAGUCCAUUAAUAGAGAAGAAGACAGCAACUAAGGAGAUCACCUUUGACAAAAACUUGAAAGACCCGAGCGUAGAGAGGAAAGAAAGGAAAUUCACUAUCGGAGAUCAAGCGAUGGAGAUGAAGAAGAGCAAAGCUGUCAAGACUGAAGGCAGGAUUGUGACUUUUAGGAGUCACGCGCAGAUUAUUCCCACGGGCGCUGAAGACAUUAUGUCUCCAUCGAGAUAUCUUUUGGAGUCCCAGUGGUAUUACAAUGAACUUUUCUCUUCGAAAUUCUACGCUCCACAUUUAUUCCCAGUCAGUCUCGUUCAGAAGCCAGCAAAUGGAUCUAAGACACGUUCUCCGACCAGGAUCCACCAUCAGAGUCGAAGAAAUCGCAAGGCUAAGAGACUAGAUGAGUGUUACUCACCACGUAAACAGAUAAGUCCCAGAAAACAAACUGGCUAUGAAUGGAUACAAUCCAACGAGGCCAAAGACAGAUACCAAAGGAAGAAAUUGCUCAGGACUGUUACAAGGCCUAACAACACGAAGAAACUGAAACCAUCCUUGAAAUACGAGAAAAUGGGUGUAGGCGGGGGAGAUGACAAAUUCCAGUCCGUGUCCAACGAAAGUGUCAGUUUGGACGUUCGUUGCAAUUCCACGAGCAGUUUUAAAUAAUUCUAAGAAACAUUGUUCUUAUUCCUUUUUAAUUUGUUUGUGCAAUUUUUUUUGUUGUUUUGGUUCUUGUUUGAGUUUUAUCGAAAUAAAUGGUUUUUCGUUAGAUAUUGUGA